AUGGCGGAUUCAUCGGCACCAUUGUUGACUUAUAUUGAAGAUGAAGAAGACACUUCUCCGCCUCUGAAUUUCGACAAGAUCUUCGAGCAGAGCUUAACUGAUUUCGGUGUCUCACAGUUCUUACAGAUAAUCAUUGUCGGGCUUGCCUUAACCUUCGAUUCGCAUCAGAUAUUCAUCACCGUCUUCACAGACGCAUAUCCCACUUGGCACUGUCUCGACCACACCAUCUGCAACACGGCAACCACCGACGUCUGUGAGAUACUGAGAUUCCACGGUCAGCAUGGGACUGGGACGGCGGAACCAAGGCUAAAUCCGUCAUUUCGGAGUUCGAUCUCGAGUGCUCGAGCUCCUUCCUCAGAGGUCUUCCCACAUCAGCUUUCUAUGUUGGCUCUAUCGUUGGAGGGGUUUUCAUGGCGAUGA